AAUGCACUCUCACUCUCUUUGGUGUCUGAGAUGGGAAAGGCAAGCUAGAAGAGAAAUAAUGGAAUAUUUAAAGGGGAAAGAGAGGGACUUGGCUUGAUUAAGUUCAGAGCGCUUGACCCACUUGCAGAUGGCACAGAGAUGGAAAACGGAGGCCUGCUGUAUUAAGACAGGCAGACGGACAGACGGCAGGACGGACGAACGGGUGGCGGCUGCGAUUGGCGGCUCGGCGGCAGGCUGGUGGAAAAUGUCGUCGGGAGCAGGUGGGCGGGGAAGACGUGAGGGGAGGGCCUGUAGGGGUGCAGGCGAGGUAGAGGAAGGACCAGUGGGCAUCCCCUUCCCCGAGCACAGUGCUGACCUGCUGGGCAGUCUCAAUCGCCAACGGCUAAGUGGGCUACUGUGUGAUGUGCUACUAGUGGCUCAAGAGAGAGAAUUCCCUGCCCACCGCUCCGUGUUGGCUUCCUGCAGCACCUACUUCCACAAGCUUUUCACCUCGGGCAUGGCUGCUGACCGCCAGAAAGUCUAUGCGCUGGACUUUGUGCGGCCUGAGGCACUGGCCGCCCUUUUGGACUUUGCCUACACGGCCACACUCACAGUCAGCCGCAACAGUGUGGUUGACAUCUUAAGCGCCGCCCAUGUGCUGGAGAUCUCACCCGUCCAAGACGUCUGCACACACCUGCUGGACACCAAAGUGCUCUCCCCGCCGGCGGGUAGUGAGCAAGAAGAAGACCAGGAAGAGGAGGAAUUAGGAAAAAAUGGAAAAGAGCAGGGCAUCCGGCUGCGUGCCCGUGAGUACUUGGAGUUCUUCCAGAGGGGGGCGCAUUGGGGUAGCAGCUGCAGUACUCCAGAGCUCAGGGACCUGCCUGCACACCUGCACUUUAGCCAACGCAAUGGUGCUGACAGCAAUGGCACACCCAUCGGCCCUGCUGACUACUACUCCUCACUGGCCCAAGCCCUAUCACAGCCACCUCGUGAACCCGAAGACGAGAUUGUGGAUGAGGAGUGCCAGGAUGGACCUUCAGUUCUAGCUCGAGGGAAAGGUGCACAGGCUGUGAUGUCCAUUUAUGCGCCAACUCAGAAUGGACAUUACUACCUCCAUCAGACAGAGCCCAAAUCAGAGAUAGAGGUGGAGGGGACAGAUGAGUGUGAGCCUGAACAAGGCCCAGCCAGUGCUUUGCUACAACAGAUGAUGGACUCCUUGGAGCGGAAAAGGGAACAGGCCACAAAAGGUGGUGGAGGUGAGGAGGAUGGACCUGAGGGUGAAGAGCCAGAUGUGGAGUUUUACUUGAAGUACUUUAAUAGUGUGCAGCAGGAGGAAGCCACCAGUGCCCCCAUGUCUCCAAGUUUGCUACCACUGUGGUCAGUAAGGGGCAACGGAGGUGGAAAUCAAGCGACUGGAGGGGGAAACAGCAGUGAGAGGAAGAUGCGGUCUAAGGCCUUUCAGAAGUGCCCUAUCUGCUCCAAGGUCAUCCAAGGUGCGGGCAAGCUUCCACGCCACAUCCGUACACACACAGGAGAAAAGCCCUAUGAGUGCGCCAUCUGCAAAGUGAGAUUCACCAGGCAGGACAAGCUAAAGGUUCACAUGCGCAAGCAUACAGGAGAGAAGCCUUACCUGUGUACUCAGUGUGGUGCCGCCUUUGCCCACAACUAUGACCUGAAGAAUCACAUGCGUGUGCACACGGGCUUGCGCCCCUACCAGUGCUCCAGCUGUUUUAAAACCUUUGUGCGCUCGGACCACCUCCACCGUCAUCUCAAGAAAGACGGCUGCAACGGCAUCCCUUCCCGUCGAGGCCGCAAGCCACGCAUACGAGAUGCUGAGCUCCCGGAAGGUCCUAUGGAACUUCAUGGCCCAGAAGCAGACAUUGAGAGAGGUCGGAGGCAUCCGGACAGGGGCACUGGAACAUCAGUCAUGGAGGAAAAUCACGGUAGUCACACGCACAGUCCGGUUGCUGAUGGGGAAGGUAGUGAAGAUUUGGCCUCGGGACUAAGGAACUCCGUUACAUCAUGAAUCAAACUUCAUCAGAGAGGGCUUAACUCAAAACCAAGAGGAAGAAUGAAACAGAAAAAAAAAGAAAAACAAAACAAAAAACCCCUUAAAACUACAUGGUCCUCUUUAAAAAAAAACAAAUCAGGGUGGCACGCAAAUCUAACCUUCUAGUUUCUUUUUCCUCCUUUUUUAGCUUCUGCAUUCCACAUAGAGACCACCAAGUUACUGGUUGGUUGGAAGAGCGAAGAGCACUUAAAAUCACUCACCCGUGCUGUCGCCGUCUUUCUGGGUCUUUUUGUUUGUGUUUUUGUAACAUAAUGGCAUAGCCAUGUGCGUACGAGAAAAAGCUACUAUGCAGAUUAAACAAGCUCCUCAUCUCUGGGUUGCAUCUACAAGGCCUUGUCUUAAAAAGUAAGGUGUCAAACACCAGGCUGACUGCUGCUUCAACAGGUUAGCUUUGAAUGCUCUAAGAUGUGAUCAACGCAACCAAUAGAUCUCUUUUUCUAAUGCAAUGAGCAACAUGUACAUACACUAUAAAAGAUUUUAUUGUCUCAGAUUGCAAUAUAUGCAAUAUUCUGAUGCAGCACCUUUUUUCUAAAUGGUCCAGAAAGAAUUGGACAGGGGUUUGAUUUAAAGUGUUACUUUCUCUAUAAAAUGUUUUUUGAGAGUUUA